AUGUCAACAGGCCAUGAAAAGGCCCCAGAGGAUAGGAAGUCAGAGGACACAUCAGCAGGUUACAAAGGACACAUCAGCAAGAUGUUUUCUGACAAAGAUAAACAAUUUGACAAAUGGUCUUCAGUCAUGUCCCCUUAUCUGCCACUAGGUGGGAGUGCAAUGAAGGUAAAAAAAGUCAAUGUCUUGCUUCAGUGUUCUGAUGGAUGAGACCACACAGCACAAGUCUGCUCAGUGGCUAGCAUCCUCCUAGGUCCAUUUUAUACGACAUUCAAUGGACUCAUGAUCCUAAUAGAGAACAAAUGGAUAUCUAUGGGUCACAAGUUCUCCAAGAACUGUGGGCACCUAGAUGGGGACUCUAAAAAUGUCUCCCCUAUCUUCAUUCCAUUCCUAGAUUGUAUUUGGCUACUAAUGGAAUACUUUCCCUGUGCCUUUGAGUUUAAUGAAGACUUCUUGAUGGAGAUCCAUGAUCAUGUUUUUCCUUGCCAGUUUGGAAGUUUUCUUGGAAACUGUCAGAAGUAUUGGGAAGACCUAAGGAAGCUGCAAGCUUAUGAUGAGCCAUCAGAAUAGGUCUGUACCUGCUCUCAGUUGGAGAAUUUAUUACUCAAGUAUCUGGGAAGGGCUUUGAUCAAUCCUCUUGGCUUUAUUGGUAUUGAUGGAGACUUAAAUACCUUGAUGAAGAAUGGAACCAUUUCCAGGGAAGGCCUCUGAGCUCAGGUGGAUCAAGCAGAAAGCCAGUGUAUAGACCUUUACCAUAACUGCUGUAGGAUCAUGAGCAGCUUAAAGGCCAUAAAUAUAUCUGGGUAUUUGGACAUCUCUGGAGCCAUGGCCAUCUCUGGAGAUGCAGAUAUCUUUAGGGCCAUUGACUUUUGUGAAGAUAAAGGCAUUUUUGGAGCUAUGGGUUUCUCUGAAGAUUUGAAUAUCUCUGAUGUCACUAGUACUCUUGGAAACAUGGAUACUUUUGAGGCCAAGUGCUUCUUUAGAAAUAUUGGCAUCUCCAGAGGCACAGGCUUCUCUGAGACCAGGUGCUUCUCUGGAAGUAUGGAUUUCUCUGACAGCAUGGGCAUCUGA